AUGCCCGCCAAGAAAAAGAGCCCACCAAAGAAGGAGACCACUUUACCCGAUGAAAUCAAUGAUCCCUUCAACGAAGCGAGCAUAGCAGCUGCUGUGCAGCAUGGUGAAUGGACGGUGGGAGAGGUUCUGAAACAAUUGUGCAUCAAUUCCGCGAGAUUUGUAUUGAGGUAGGUGGUUGAUUUUGUUUUGCUUGAUUUUUAGGAUUUUUGGUGGAAAAUGAAGAUGUUUUCUGGUGUAUGACCUCGUGUAAUGUGUGAUGCAUGUUUUCUGAAUCUUCUUUUUCCCAAAAUACGCCGUAUUUUAUUCAAAAUUGAUAAAAUUUGAUUGAACCUGUUUUUUGGACCUAAAAUAAUGUUUUUGUAUUUUUAGCCCGAAAAUUGUCGUUCUGCUUACGGUUUUCCAUCUCCUAGCGAUCUACACCAUAUACUACAAGGACGAGCUUAGUGCACACCGUUUCGGAAAGAUCUACCUGGCUCAGGUCGAUCUUUUCCUUGAAACAGUCAAAGGUUCCGUCUGGCCGGGAAGCGACCAAUACCUCUUCUCUAAGACUUUGGGACCCUAUAUUACCAAAUAUGAGGCCGAUUUCAGGAAAGCAAUGAAAGCUUUGGAGUGAGUUCUUGCGAAAUUUUACGAUUUUUGUGAGAUCUUCGACAUUACACUUCACCGAUUUCAGAGGCUUCUCGCUUGAGAAAGGAACCGCUUUCUUUGUUGCUAAUGCUCAUGAUUUGGGACUGGGAGUGGCCCAUAUGAUGGCUGUAUUAACCUACACAUUCGCGUUUGUCCUUGGAAAAUAUCCAAUUGCACUUUUCUUUGCCUAUGCCUUGAAUAAAUGGGAUGUUGUUACGGUAAGUUAAUACGUUUAUUUUGUGGUUUUUGAUGUUUAGGCACUUGAAGAAUGAAGUCACCUUGUGUCUUAUCAAGGUUUCAAUUGGUCUGAGCGUUUAUUUAUCGAUUUUUGCGAGGUUUUAUAUUAGCCAUCAUGGGUAAUAUAUUUUCUUGCGAAUUUUGAUAAAAAAAUGCUGACCCUAUGGUCGAAAUUGAUUUUUUUUAUGAUGUAAGAUGUCUGAAUGCUCUGUUUCAACGAUGCUUUUCAGAUCUGCAAUACCCAAGCAUGCCUUCUUGUCUAUUUUCUCUUUGCCAUCGCUUUUCCGUUGGGAGUUACCGAGGUAAUCUUCCUUCUCUACGCAGUCAUCGGCCUCCCAGCCAGUGAUAUGAUAGUUCCGACAUUUUUUGUCCAACUCGCCUCUCGGAUGUUCCAAGCUUAUUUGGCUUUUAUUAUCUUCAACUUUCAAUCGGACCUAAAGCUAUUUAUUGCCGAGUGGUGUCAAUAUGAGUACGCCAAGCCGCUGAAACCAUGGUUGUUGGACUUUGUGAGAUACAUGGAGUCGGUUUUUGAGGAUCCCGGAUAUUGGAAAUACUCAAAACCAAAGGAACUGCCAGUCGGAGUGAUCUUCAGUUCAGCUGUUGUGGCCCUUUCAAUUGUGCUCCUAACCCCAAAAAUUUUCAAAAAUCUGGCAAGAGAGAGGAAGAUGACGAAAUAUUAUGAGAAAAUUCAACGAAAAAUCGAGGGAGAUGAUAUUACCCAUGAUGAAGAUGAAUCAAGUGCCUGA